AACCAAAAAGCAAAAAAUGAAAUAAUUAAAAAUAUCAUUAAAUAUGGAAUAUCGGAAAUUAUUAUAUGAUCAUUGAGAUCGCGCAUUUGACCUCCACCUGUCGCCAACUAACCGUUUGGAUGACAAUUAAGUUACUCUACAUUAUACCGUAAUGUCUGCAAUUAAAAUGGCACAUUGCACAACUAUAAAAGCGAAAGUGAGUCACAGCGUCAGAGGAACUGUAAAACACACAUUUGGCACACGUGAACGCCGUAAAAUAAUAGACAUAAUAAAUGCUCAUAUCUUCCGGCAAGAAUAAUUUAAAGCCUUCGUGAGAAGAACAAAGAACUUUAUUAAUCGCACGGCAUAUGCUGGCGUGUGUGUGAAUGUGCAUGAGUAACGGGUCCAUGUUCGAAUGAAAGUAAACUUUUGUUGGACCACAAAGAAAAAAAAAACAAUAACAAACGGCAUAAGAAAAAAAAUAUAGUAAUCUCUUUGAAAAUUUUAGUAAACUUUCUAAGUAAAACACACACAUCUUCGGAAAAUGACGACAGUCACCGUCGCAGUCGAACGUGAGAGCUCUGUCGCGCGUUUCUCGAGGUGAUGCUAAAAAUAAACUCAUUUGUAUUAGAACAAACAAUCCAGAAUAAAAUAAAUUUUAAAAGUGUGCAAAUACCCCAAUAAAAGUGUCAAAAGAAGCAAUAUAAUAUUAACAGACGGUAUUCUUAGCAUAACACACCAUUAUUGUAGUGAAAUAAUUCGAACAAGUUCAGUUCAAUAACUACUCGCUAAGCAUACGGGACUACACCAUGCCGCUCUACACGGAUCAGGGCUAUUAUUAUAGCGGUGGUAGCAGUCAACUCUAUGCCCCUUACUACACACCGGGCCUAUAUGGGGCGAGCUCUUCGAGCAGUUCGUACGCUCCCUACUCCUCCACCUACAAUCGCACUUUCGGCGGUAGCUAUACACUGCCUUUGGCGCCACCGCGGUCUCCCACUUACACCUCGACACACAGCUUGGCAUCCCGAUAUCAACCGAAGCUGUCAACCAUUACCGAGACUUCUCCCCUCAUUAGUUCCAGACACGGUGGCCUUUUACCGUUGACACGAAUACAAUCGCCGAAAAUUUCGCCAUACACUCCCACCUCGUCUACAACUGCAACAAAAUACAUACCACCCCGCCCGAUACUCAUCAAUACGGCAGACAUUGAUGUCUCUUCAAAGCGAUAUCCGCAUCACAGGGAUGAUCACGAAAAAGAAAAACAAGAGAAGCUGGAUAGUGAAAGUAAGCGGAGCAGUAAGGAGAAGAAGAAGGAUAAGAAAAACAAUGGCGUGGAACCAAAGGAAGACACUAAAGUUCAAGAGAAUAAAGGAAGGUUAUCUACCAUUAAAAGGGACCGUCCUGUAGUUCGGCUAUCAACAAUUCGUUCACGUAGUAAAGAUCGCAAUCGUAACACAAAAUCAACAUCUUCUGGUACUGACGAAUCACCUGAGCCCAAAUCGAAAAUGUUCAAAGAUCUCCCCACAAUAGAGCCUUUACACCCUAACGAGACACACAUUAGUUGGCGCCAGAAGCUGGCUGAAGAAUUGGCCACAGUGCCGGCGAACAGUUCCAAAAAGUCACCAGGUGAUUUGAUACGCGAACGUUAUCUCAUACAGGAGUCUUCGGUCGAUGAUCUCAAUAAAGCUCAGCGCCAGCAAUCUGUAGUAAGGGAUGAAGAUGAAACAAAAGAGCAUCUGGCUAGUGAGCUGAUAAUUGAAAUGGACUUGGAUUCUGCUGAUAACAGCAUCCGCCGCUUAAGUAUACCCCAGUGUCCUACGUUCCAUGAUAUAUGUGAGGAUAUUUCAUCGGACAAAAUUGACGACGACCUCAACGCAGGCGAACUAAGACGUCGAGCUUCACUUAUUCAAGAACAGGAACAGGAAAUUCUCAAUCAAUUGCAAAAAUCUGCAUCUGGUACUUUCCAGCUUAUUCAUCUGGAACGACGUGAUAGUCACGACAGUGCGGCCGAGGAAGGACAUCGCCAAUCAACAAAGAAACGUGCAUCGAAAAAGGGAAAAAAGAUUAGGCACAAAAUUACAGCUGUCGUUGAAGUGGAAAAUGCACCUCUUCUUCCGGUACUUCAAGAGAAGGAUGAGAUAUCCAUAACGACACCCAGAGCGGGCUCAUCUCCAAAACCUAAGUUCACCGUCAAUGUUGAAUCGGUUGAAGAACAUCACGAAAUUCAUAAAGUCUUUAAAUUACCAAAAAGAAAGAGUGUUAAAAAGGUUAUUAAGCCGAAAGCAGUCGUAUUGCCUGAAGGUUUCAUGCAGGCGAGUCCAAAAGCGAAAACUCAGCCUAAAGCAAAAUCCCCGACGAAAAAAUCCACAUUUAUAAGCACAGCAGAAAUUUUCACUUUUGAACCCUCAAGUGUAGACCUUUAUAAAGAAACUAAAGAAAUUAAUAAUAUAGAAGCAAUUGUAAGCCCGAAGAUUCAAAAUGAAGUUUAUAAAGACGAAUCGAUUUCUCCGCCUCAAUCUUUUCAAUCACCCAAUACGGCCGUUUCAGAAUCAACAGCUUCAUUGGAUUCCUCUUCAGUAAAACAAAGCGCAGAUUUAAAAGAGCUGUUCCUUCCAAUCGAGUUAAAGACCGAAACUACAGAGACUUCAAAAAUUGUAUCCACAAAACUCUCUCCAGCAAAAAUUAAAGAAAUUAAGUCAAAUCCUAUUGAAAAGUCAGACAGUGAAAAGGAUUUUUGGUCCGAAAUUGGGAAUCGCGAAUCUGUGUACAUGACGAACCGAAAGAAGGGGCAACUGGAAAGCCAAUGGCAAAAAUGCGAAGAACUUUUGGAGUCCCAAGCAGCGGUAGACGUAAGCAAUAUAAAGGAAAUAAAAUCGGUCGUAACGGCUCAAAAGACCGAGGCACUAAAGAAAGCAGAUCAAGAUAUAGCGAAAGCAAAUGAAAAAGGCGUGGUGGGAAGAUCUCAAUCUACGGAAUCUACGAUGUCUGAUAAGGUGAAUAAAGGCCAAAGGAACUUGAGUGUGUUAGGAAAAACGGAACAACAAGCGGAUACUAAAAACUCACUGGCAACGGCACAAAAAUCUUUAAUCGAAGAAAAACCUAAAACCGAAAAUAUAACAACAACAGCAGCAGCAAGCUCUUUGACAGCCGCGACGACUGCAACAAGCGGCGCGACCAAAAUAAAUUUUGGGCAAACCGCCAAGUCACCUGCACAACAACCGAAUAAAUUUACGACACAAAUGAAGAACGACAACGAAAGCAACAACAAAAUAGAUAAAGCGAAAAUAUUCAUUAGCCAAACCGACGCAAAAAAUACAAAACCAACAACACCAUCAACCAUACCGCAAUCCAUUACUGCCUCUGCUAAUCAGAAUUUGAAGGAGGCCGAGAUAUUGCCAGCAUCAAGUGCACAACAAGCGAUCGGCACAAUAACUGAAACAAAAACAACAACAUUCGUUGGAGAAAGCUGUAAGUCGGAAAUAAAAGCGGUGGCACAAAAGAAAGCAUUACCAGCUGCCGCAGAUAUAACACCACCUGUAUCAACUGGAUCCACAUCGCCCACCAUUACUGGAGCGAAGCCAAAAAUUGUACCCAAACCAGCAACAGCAAAAGAAAAAACUAUCACAACAACGGUUGCCAAAUUAAAAGCGUCCCCACGAAACGAGCCGGUGACACCCAUCAAUGCCGAUCAAUUCAUUUCCAUUGCACCCCCAAAGACCACGACGUCACCAACAAAAACCAAAACGACGUCACCACAAAACACAAAGCCAAAGGCAAAAGCUGCAAUAGCGAUAAACAAAGAAGCGAACGAAAAAGUGGCCAAAACAAAAAUCUCGCCAAAAACAUCAACCGUGACAGCCAUAGUAGCAAAAUCGCCCAAAACAAUAGCAUCCACAGCCGGAGUAGCGACAACAGCUGCCCGCGCUAUUACUACAACUACAACGACGACGACAAAGCUACCAGUUACCUCGUCUACGAAGUCGUCCACAUCCCCAGAGACCCCAACAGCUGCAACCGUCUCGCCAAUAGUGGUCGCUACAGAAUCGUUGGCGCGCCACAACAGUCACGAAGACGCUGACGACGACGAGAAGAAUCACCAACAAACGCCACACGCGCCAAAUAAUUUAUCAAAAUUCGCAACAGUACAGAAUUUGGCGCAGUGUUUACAAGACGUCGACGCCGAUCUAGAAGACUACAUACCGUCAUCUGCGGAAAAUAGCGAUGACGAGGACAGUUCAGACAAUUACUCCAGUGCGGACGGUUGUGAUUAUCAAAAUUUGAGUGCAAGCAUGAAGAAGAAACUGCGACAACGGCGCAAAAAAGAGAAACAGGCCGAACAGGCGCGUUUCGAUCCACAAAAGAAAAUUAAAAUAGAUCCCUCCAACAAGUGUUACGUGAAAGAGGAGGCACCGCGUUACCCGCUUGUCGCGACACCGCGUCCGCUAUGGAAACGCGAAAAACCCGUGUAUCCUGACGAGGAUUCCGAUGACGAGAGCGGUGACAGUGAUGAGAGCGGAUCGGGUAGUGAAGAAACCGAAGACAGUGAAGAGUGCACCACGUCCGAGGAGUACGAGGACGACCUGAGCACCAACGUUAGUGGAGCGCCCACUGGCGGCAGCAAUGUAUCCAAGGAGAACUCUGCCAUUAUACGCUUAAGUACCUGCAGCAAUGAUUCGGGUUUUGAAGGCGGCACCGCGCCAUCUAGUCCCAAAAAAAUGCUUGAAACGUCGUAUACCUAUUCCCAGUUUCAAAAGUCGGGGCGUUUCACGGCGCCAGCUACCGUUAUACCGCGGUUCAAAAACUAUUCAGUAGAUGACUUCCACUUCCUCGCUGUGCUGGGCAAAGGCAGUUUCGGCAAGGUACUGCUGGCUGAGCUGCGCGACACCACUUACUACUACGCCGUCAAGUGUUUGAAGAAAGAUGUCGUUCUCGAGGAUGACGAUGUCGAUUCAACCUUAAUUGAACGCAAAGUGUUGGCAUUGGGCACCAAACAUCCGUAUCUGUGUCACCUGUUUUGCACAUUUCAAACGGAGAGUCAUCUGUUCUUUGUAAUGGAGUACCUUAAUGGUGGGGAUCUAAUGUUUCACAUACAGGAGAGUGGUCGGUUUCCGGAGGAACGCGCACGAUUUUACGGAGCUGAAAUCAUAUCCGGCUUAAAGUUCCUGCACAAAAAAGGGAUAAUUUAUAGAGAUCUGAAGCUGGACAACGUGCUAUUAGACUUUGAAGGUCACGUACGCAUUGCCGACUUCGGCAUGUGUAAAUUGCAAAUCUACCUCGACAAGACCGCCGAUAGCUUCUGUGGUACACCUGAUUAUAUGGCGCCCGAAAUCAUAAAGGGCGAGAAGUACAACCAAAACGUGGAUUGGUGGUCCUUUGGUGUUUUACUCUACGAAAUGUUGAUUGGGCAAUCGCCGUUCAGUGGUUGCGAUGAGGAUGAACUAUUCUGGUCGAUUUGCAAUGAGAUUCCUUGGUUCCCUGUUUACAUAUCCGCAGAAGCUACGGGUAUUUUGAAAGGACUACUUGAGAAGGAUUACACUAAACGCAUUGGAUCUCAAUACAGUCCCGCUGGUGACAUCAGCGAGCACCUAUUCUUCAGACCCAUCGAUUGGGAUCUACUAGAGAAGCGGCAAUUGCCACCACCUUUCAAGCCACUUGUGAAACAUCCAUUGGAUACGCAGUACUUCGAUCGCGUUUUCACAAAGGAGCGUGUGCGCUUGACUCCCAUCGAAAAGGAUAUCCUGCAUUCAAUGGACCAAAAGCCAUUCUUAGGUUUCACAUAUACCAAUCCACACAUAACACUAGAUUAAGCUAUGUUGGCAUAUAGUUAAGCCUUAGAAUUGAUUGGAAAGAUUAUUGAAGAGCACCCAAGGAACCCAAAUUUUGAACUUUGAAAAGCAUGUACGAAUGUAUGUGCCCAGUACAAGCCUCGUUAGAUUGGGUUUGCCAAAAAUUUUGUUUACAACCCAAUGUUAGUUUCUCACCAGUAUUUAAAAGUAAAUAAUUUAGACUAAGCGAGGUUAAUUAAUUUAAUAUAUUUUAGCAUAAGAAAUGGAAGGGAAUCAAUUAUGUACAGAUGAACAAAUUCUACACCAAUUUGUACCCGAGUUCGUUACUGUGAAUGUCCGAGCCUUAAGGUCUAUUUGCACGAUCAACUCUGUAUGAUCACUAGAUCAAUAAUUAAGACCGUUGCUUUUGUGAUGUGGAUCGCAAUAUAUACUUAAAAUAUUAAGUAGCUAAUUUACACACUUAUUUCUAGACGUUAUUAUUAUUCUGAGUAGAUUUAGUAUUGAAUGAUCGCACAAGUGGCGUUUUGGUUAGGGUCCCACAAGCUAGGUGAUGCGACAAGUUAAGGAUUAAGAAAAUCUUGCUAGAGUUAUCAUACUACGCAUAAAAAUGGACACAUACAUUUGUAGAUUUAUUGUAUUUGUAUUAUGAGGAAAAAGUACGAACACACACAGAUCUACUUAACUUGUAUAUACUGAAACACUGAAAAUAUAAAUAAAAAUUUUAAAAUAAUAAAAAAAUAAUUUAAAAUCUA